UUUGAAGCUGUAUCCAGAGACACUUUUUCGUGAACUUAAAACAGAAGUUAAAACAGCAGUUUUAAGACAAUCCUCCUUAUAUGUAAAGUAAAUUUGCUUUGACAUGAUCAAAUGCACUCUAAACUAGCUAAAACAAACGUGUUUUGGAUGUGUAGAUGGUAUUUUGGUGUACUGUUCACGUUGACGGUGUAUGACGGUAACUUGUACUUGUACUUGUAUUGACUGAAUUUGGCACCAAGUGCAAGAAAGAGGUUAAAUCCAAACUCGCCUGUUUACGGAGUGGAAAAGUGAAAGAUAACCAGCUUUAAUCCGAUUAUUAUUUUGUUGAGGACAUCCCCAAUAAAACAGAGCACAGUCUGUUAGGAAAGAGAGAUUCAAGCAAUGUCAUCUGAUGCUAUUGAUAUUAAACCCAAAAUGGCAAGCUGUGCAGUAAGAGAUUUUGAACCUUUACGUCUGGAUGAGAAAACAAUGAACGGUGGUAAAGAUCAAAGCCCAACUCAAAAGGCACCCUUCUCGCCAACCCGCUCCGUCAAACCGUUUCCUAAACACACACCGAGCAAAAUGGACAAGACCUACGAGGAGCUCGCCAAGACGGUCUUCCGCAACAGCCGUUAUGAUGAGUCCCGCUGCCCCAACUAUGAGUUCCCAGACGAGAUCCCCAUUGAGAACAUGCAAGAGAAGAAAACGGCAGUCGACAAACAAAUUAGUUACGCCAGUGCAAAAGCGCAUCAACACGGCGAUAAAAUUCCAAAUUCCCGUCAUCAUCCCGACAGCCAUUUGAGAGCCAGCGAAAUCACAGAAGCUAGAUCUAGGACCAUAGAGACUUCGAUGGCAGUAUCAGACGAUGAAGACUCUUUACUUGACGAAAGUGCUGAGGGAAGAGGUGCCAGUGAAACCACCACCCAGCUAGGACUAGACUUCCAGCGUGUGUCUAUCAGCGGAGAUGAUACAAGUGGGGUGCCACCCCAGGACCUCUAUGACGCUUCAAGAUCUCUCAUAGACGCCCUCAAUGUUCGCGAGAAAUACAUGAAGCUGGCGUUGCAGUCGUUUCCACGAACAGCUGCGUCAUUCCUGCGCAAGAUUGAUGGGAAGCCAAUGGACGAUAGUCAUAUGUCAAGUCCAGUAUUCGAUGCAGAAAACCAUCCCAUCCACCCACCAACCAUGGUCGGUGACCCCUUCGCGUGUGACAUGCCAGAACCCAUCCAGUGUGAGUUUAAGAUGACGAAGGGCCUCAUCCACGUCUACGAGACCAAAGAGGACGCCGAGAACGACAAGCCGGUAGAUUUGCCGUAUGUUGACAAGUCGACAUUCCUAGCUGAUUCUAACAAGCUGAUGGCACUCAUCGCAAACGGUCCGAUCAAAUCUUUUUCAUAUCGGAGGCUGUCCUACUUGUCUUCACGAUUUCAUCUUCACAGUCUUCUAAACGAGAUGAAAGAAUUAGCCGCACAGAAGUCCGUUCCACACCGGGACUUCUACAAUAUUAGGAAGGUGGACACUCACGUGCACGCUUCGUCAGGAAUGAACCAAAAACAUCUACUUCGCUUCAUCAAGAAGAGAAUGAAGACCGAUGCCGAUAGAGAAGUGUGCAAGAAUAGAGAUGGCACCAGACUGACACUGAAACAGGUGUUUGACAGCCUUAAUCUAACGGCAUACGACAUCAAUGUGGACACCCUGGAUGUACAUGCAGAUCGCAAUACUUUCCAUCGCUUCGACAAGUUCAACUCCAAGUACAACCCCAUCGGUGAAAGUAAACUGAGAGAAAUCUUCAUCAAGACUGAUAACUACAUUGGUGGUGAAUACUUUGCUCAACUUAUAAACGAGAUGGGUGCAGACUUGGAAGAGAGCAAGUACCAGAAUGCAGAGUACCGGUUAUCCAUAUAUGGACGUAGCAGAACGGAAUGGGACAAGCUUUCUAAGUGGGCCGUUGAUCACACGGUGUACUCGGACAAUAUUAGAUGGCUGAUCCAGGUGCCGAGACUAUACGAUGUGUAUCGAUCAAACAAAAUGGUGGACAACUUUGCCGAGAUCAUCGAUAACAUCUUCAUGCCGCUAUUUGAAGCGACUAGAGAUCCAAGCUCACAUCCAGAAAUGCAUAAGUUCCUUCGCUAUGUGACUGGCUUUGACAGUGUGGAUGAUGAAUCCAAACCAGAAGAUCUUAUCUUCACUAGCGAAAGCCCCGACCCAGAGCAGUGGAACUGCGCUGAGAACCCACCAUAUUCCUACUACCUCUAUUACAUGUACGCCAACCUGGUGGUGCUCAACAACUUCCGAAGAGAGCGAGGUUUCAACACCUUUGUUUUGAGACCUCAUUGUGGGGAGGCUGGACCAGUUCAUCACCUCGUCACUGCUUUCAUGCUGGCAGAGAAUAUCUCUCAUGGCUUGCUGCUCAGGAAGACUCCAGUGCUGCAAUACCUCUAUUACUUGUGUCAGAUCGGUAUUGCAAUGUCACCACUCUCCAAUAAUUCCCUCUUCCUGAACUACCAUCGGAACCCUCUGCCGGAGUUUCAUGCUCGUGGGCUGUGCGUGUCGCUCUCCACUGACGACCCACUACAGUUCCACUUCACCAAGGAACCGCUGAUGGAAGAGUACAGCAUUGCUGCUCAAGUCUGGAAGCUGACUACAUGUGAUAUGAGUGAGCUAGCCAGAAACAGUGUCAUCAUGAGUGGAUUCCCUGAUGAGUUUAAGGACCACUGGCUAGCACCCAACUGGCGAAAAGAAGGAACACAAGGCAAUGACAUCACACGCACAAACAUCCCCGACAUCCGAAGUGCCUUCCGAUUCGAGACGCUGACCGAGGAACUUACGACAAUCUACCAAUCAAUCAAGAGCAUGGCGCAUCGAAAGAGCGUAGUCACUGCUCCAAAGUUCUAGGAUUGCGAAUUGAGGUCAAGGGUGAGACGCUGUAGACCAUGCGCUUUUUAUGGCCAUCUAAAGCGCCCUCUUGUGAAAUCUUAGCGCAAUUUUAUAGAGUGUAGUCACUCUUCUAAAGUUCUAGGUUUGCGAAUUGAGGUUAAGGGUGAAACGCUGUAGCCAAUGCACACUUUAUUUCCAUCUAAAGCGCCCUCUUGUGAAAUCUGAGCAAAGCGCCCUCUUGUGAAAUCUUAGCGCAAUUGUGUACAGCGUAUAGUUACUCUUCCAAAGUUCUAGGUUUCUGAACUAAGGUCAAGGGUGAGACGCUGUAUAGACCAUACGCACUUUGUCGCCAUCUAAAGCGCCCUCUUGUGAAAUCUUAAGUUUGUAUAACAUUUUCAUUUUCACAUGAACGCCUGUGUCAGUUAUGUGCCUUUAAUUGCAGUUUUCAAAGCCUUGCAGAAAGAUGCUGCUAGGGUUGAAACGUCAGGCCAUUUACGGUCUUUAGCAUAAAAUAAUUGUGUAACAAGCUUGAUACUAACCCCUUAACUCCAAGGGUGAUUUAUUAACAAAAGUUGAGCGGGUUUUAGUGAGUGACUAGACUCGACUAGACUUGAAGGCACUGGACACUGUUGGUAACUAUGGCUUAAAAUAAUUGUCAGCAUAAAAACUUACUUGGUAGCGAGCA